GCGAAUGCAAAUUGUAAAAUAAAACCGUGAUUGUUUUGUUACGGGUCUUUCCUAUGUUGAUUUGCUCUCUUCCCAUCCACCACAACAGACCCUGGCCUGCAAGUAUUGGUGCAACAAGUUGCAUAGCGUCCUGGCUUGAUGAUGGGAGAAGAACCUGCGACGAGAGAGCCAGAGAUGUCUGACGCUGGCUCAGACGAGGAGUUGGCGCUUCCCGCACGGAUGGAGGAGGGGAGUCACAACGGGAGUAUCAGAAAGGGUUGUGAUCCGUGCUCCCAGACCCAGCGCAGUAAGCUGCAGCACCGUAGAGCUCGUAUCAACCAGCAGAUCAACAAGGAGAUGAGGAUGAGGGCUGGGGCUGAGAACCUCUUCAGAGCCACCACUAACCACAAGGUAAAGGAGACUGUGGCUCUAGAGCUGAGCUUUGUCAACUCUAACCUGCAGCUACUGAAGGAAGAGCUAGAGGAACUCAACAGCAAUAUGGAGGUCUACCAGACCGAGAGUGAAGCCAUCAAUGUUCCCAUGAUCCCACUGGGUCUGAAGGAGACCAAGGAAGUGGACCUAACUGUCCCUCUCAAGGACGUUAUCUGUGAGCAUUAUGGAGAGGACAGCUCUUUGUUUGAGAACGAGAUCAAGGAGUUUAUGGAGCUCAGACAGGCCAUGCGUACCCCCAGUCGUAAUGAAGCCGGUUUGGAGCUUCUGAUGGAGUAUUAUAACCAGCUGUACUACCUGGACCAGAGGUUCUUCCCCCCACACAGAACACUAGGAGUCCACUUCCACUGGUAUGACUCUCUAACAGGUGUGCCAUCGUGCCAGCGUGCGUUGGCGUUUGAGAAGGGCAGUGUGCUGUUCAACGUGGGGGCUCUCUACACACAGAUAGGAGCCAGACAGGACCGCUCUGCUACAGCUGGCAUAGACCGGGCUAUAGACGCCUUCCAGAGAGCUGCAGGUGCAUUUAACUACCUGAAGGAGAACUUCUCCAAUGCUCCCAGUCUGGAUAUGAGUGGCCCGUCACUAUGCAUGCUGGUCCGCCUGAUGAUUGCCCAGGUGCAGGAGUGUGUGUUCGAAAGAGUCACACUCACAACUCCGGACACGCACUUCAUCACCAAGCUACAAGUGGCAAAGGAGGCCGCACGGGUAUCUGAUGUGUAUAGCUUGGUGCUCCAGACCAUGUCUCAGACCCUUGUGAAGGACUAUGUCCCGUUCUCUUGGGCCUCCAUGGUUCAAGUGAAAGCCGAACACUUUAGAGCCCUCUCCCACUACAAUGCUGCUGUCGCUCUCUGUGACCACACCCAGUCCAUUGAGGAAGGGGGUGACGAAGAGUCGGCGAAGGCUCUCUUCCAGUUCCAUGUCAGUAGUCCUGCUGGACCCCCACUCAGCCAGGUGCUCAGAGACCCUGAGGACAGACGCAAACUGGGGAAGGCCCACCUGCGUUGUGCAGUGAUCAGACAUGAGGAGGCUAUGAGAGUACAUGGUCUAUGUAAGAUCCUGAGGAAGAUGGAUAUUCUACAGGAGGUGCUCUCUUUCAUGUACAAACGCUCCCUGGACAAAUACUCCGAGAUGGACCGAGAGGAUGACUUUGAUGAGACCGCAGAGGCCCCCGAGAUACACUCUCAAACCCAGCACAAACCAGACAUCACACCACCCAACUUCUCCACUGUCCCGGUCACUGACAUCUUCCAAAGGCUGGGUCCCCUGUCAGUGUUCUGUGCGAGGGCACGCUGGGGGCCGGUGCGUGUGGUGAGUCUCCAGCGAGGGGACGGGGGUUUGGGGCUGACUCUUAGAGGAGACUCUCCUGUCCUUGUGGCUGGGGUGGUGCCGGGGGGAUGUGCCCAGGAGGCAGGUUUGAGGGAGGGGGACUAUAUAGUGGCAGUGGAUGGAGAGGACUUUAAGUGGGCUAAACAUGGAGAGGUGGUCCACAUCCUGAAGAGCUGCAGCGACAGAGGAAUACAACUCAGCAUCAUCACACUGCACACACACGAUACACAGGUGGAUAGGAGGCAAGUGAUGCUUUCCCCCAGUGGAGACGAAGCGAACGCUCUGCAACGGACCACGGGCAGGGCUAAGGGGCAGCGCACCGCCCCCUUACUCAACUGGAACAGGAAGAAGACUGGGGGAGGAGGCAGAGCCACCAAGAGACUGGGCAGCAUCUUCAGUCUGCCAUUUGGAAACCUUCGGGACUGUGAGUCCAUGUACUGAGGGCACAGUAGACACGUUAGUCUAUUCCAUACAGUGCACUACCAGCCAAUAGUAGUGCACUAGAGAAUAGGGUCCCAUUUCAGACAGUGCCAUAGAUAGACAAACCACUCAGCGAAUGACAGGUGGACAUGUUACAAUACAAGGAUGUUUUGUAAAUGACUGAAUAUUAAAUGUGUCAUUGCAGCAGGGCAAGGAGAGGAAGAGGAGGUUCGUAGGAAAGGAUGCUUGGUCCAGAUUACAGCAGUUUCAACUGCAGAGAAACAACCGUUUUAGAAAGCAGGUGACUGCAUGUAUCUGUCGCUGAGGGAGUUAAGACAUGUUGGGGCUCAGUGUUGGGGCUCAGUGUUAUUGUCGCUUACGAUUAUAAGGAUCGAAGAAGACUUGGAGACUUGAGGUUAGGAAAAGGGUUAGGCUUCGCUUCAAUGCCACAGAAAUGACCAUGGAUCAAUGGGUGUAAAUUUUUCUAUCAAAAAAUAUAUAUAUAUAUUGGCAAACACCCCUAAUGGUGUUCUGCAAUUGCUCUACAUACAUGUACUGCAUGUAUCUGUCGCUGAGGGAGUUAAGACAUGGAAAUCCUGUCCCAAAAUGGGCUAAAUGUUGGGGCUCAGUGUUAUUGUCGCUUACGAUUAUAAGGAUGGAAGACUUCAUGUCAAACUACAGCCGCUGAUCCAAAGACCACCUGUCUUAAUCAGUGAAAAUAUAGUUGUAUAAACACUGAUCGCCUUUCGUGGAGAAUAAUAAUGCUUCAUAUACUUUCAAUGCAUUUUUUUCUGCAAAAGCUGGGUAAAUGCUCCCAUAAAUAAAAGCUGGGUAAAUGCUCCCAUAAACAUAAACAAAAGCUGGGUAAAUGCUCCCAUAAACAAAAGCUGGGUAAAUGCUCCCAUAAACAAAAGGUGCACAAACAGCUUUUACAUUUUUUUUGCAUUUACCCUCCACUACACCACUGGUCUUAAUGUUAAAAACAUGUUUUACUGUAUCCCAGAGUCCUGCUUUCCCCCUCCAGUUCUAACAAGGUCACUCAACUCUCAACAGUAAAAACAACAAGGACAUCCAUUCAGGACCUGGGUUGAGUCCUCACUUCCUCAAGUUAGAGCAUUGUGCAGAAGAGAAUGUAUAGCUGUAGCCGUAGCACUGCAUUCCAUUCUCCUACCAGUCUUCUAGAGUUGUUGAUGUAGAGUACAAAUGACUACCUUCAAAGUACAUCAAUGGUUCUACACUGAGUGGACAAAACAUUAGAAACCCCUGCUUUUUCCAUGAGACUGACCAGGUGAAUCCAGGUGACAGCUGUGAUCACCUGAUAAAUCCACUUCAAUCAGUGUAGAUGAGCUGAGGAGACUGGUUAAAGAAGGACUUUUAAGCCUUGAGACAAUUCACAUGGAUUGUGCUUGUGUGCCAUUUGAGGGUGAACGGGCAAAACAAAAGAUUUUAAGUGCCUUUGAAUGGGGUAUGGUAGUAGGUACCAGGCGCACCGGUUUGAGUGUGUCAAGAACCACUAUAGCUGCUGGGUCUUUCACGCUCAACAGUUUCCCGUGUGUAUCAAGAAUGGUCCACCAGCCAACUUGACACAACUGUGGGAAGCAUUGGCGUCACCAGGCCAGCCUCCAGCCACACUUUCAACACCUUGUAGAGUCCAUGCUCCAACGAAUUGAGGCUAUUCUGAAGGCAAAAGGGGGUCCAACUCAAUAUUUUGAAGGUGUUCCUAAUGUUUUUUUCACUGUGUGUGUAUUAGUUUUUCUACUGAUGUUUUAUACCACAUUCUUACGCACUGUGACUUCAUAGGUGCAGAAAAACAAAUAUGGUGUAAUUCCAGACCACAAUUUGGGAUGUUUCUUAAUAUGGGUGUUCCCUGCUAUCAGGAAAUGCACAUUGAUACCUGCCAUUGGUCAGUUCCGGUGUUAUGAGACUGAUGGUUUCUCAACACAUUAUUUGUUUACAUAGCAGGUUAGGUGGAUUUGUGAGCCAUGUUUGGAGACUGAGGUUAGGAAAAGGGUUAGGCUUCGCUUCAAUACCACAGAAAUGACCAUGGAUCAAUGGGUGUAACUUUUUCUAUCAAUAAAUAUAUAUAUAUUGGAAAACACCCCUAAUGGUGUUCUGCAAUUGCUCUAAAUACAGGUAACUGCCAAAAAUAAAGGCAACACCAACAUUAACUGUCUUAAUAGGCUGCUGGGCUACCACGAGACGCCAGAACAGCUUCAAUGCACCUUGGCAUAGAUUUUAUAAGUGUCUGAAACUAUUGUAGGAAUGCAGCACUAAUCUUCCUCAAAAUAUUCCAUUUGGUCUUUUGUAGAUGGUGGUGUAAAACGCUGUCUCAGGCACCGCUCUAGAAUCUCCCAUAAGUGUUCAAUUGAGAUGGCCAUGGCAAAUGGUUUACAGCAUUUUCAUGUUCAUCAAACCUUUCAGUGAUGACUUGUGCAUGGGGGCAUUGUCAUCUUAUUGGGGCAAAGACAUGGUAGCCAAAAUAAGGGCCAGUCUAGCAUUUUUGUACAUGACCCAAGUCAUGAUGGGAUGUUAAAUGCUUAAUUAACUCUGGAACCACACUUGUGUGGAAGCACCUGCUUUCAAUAUACUACAGCGUAUCCCUCACUUACUCAAGUGUCGCCAUUAUUUGGGCAGUUACCUGUAUCUUGUUACGCUGAAAUGGUUUAUGUGGUACAUUAGGGGAUAUACGAACUUAGUUGUCCUACUACUGCUCAGACCAACACAGCACACACAUUUUAGAAUAAUAAUGUGUUUUUAUAAAGACUUGUAUAUGUCUGCUACUAAGUGGUUGAAGAUGAGAAUGGACCGUCUACCAAGUAGAAUCCACCGAUCAAGUUAACUUAGCAGCAUAGACGAAAGCUUAUGCUACAUUUAGCAAGGCCACUUUUUAAAACUUUUUUUUUCAUUUUCAACAUUUGGACACCCAAAUAGUAUUUUGAUAUUCCAAUAUAUUUAAUAUUAUUUUCAUCUCAAUUAUGAAUUUUAGAUGUGUUUCUGAUUUGUGAAAUCUGUCUACUGUGGUGUUUUGGUUGUGUGUUUUCGUGAUUAUUUUAGAUGUUUUGUUAAUUAAGGGAUUUGUACUGCUUUCUUUUGUUUGGGAACCUGAAAAUCAUGGCUGGCUGCUAAUAAAAUCAAGUGUGUGUGUGUGUGUCUUUUGCAGACUUUUCUCAAUUAAAGGAGUGGAUCACUGAUUUUUCUCCAUUGAUGGUAACAGCUUCUCAGGUUUGUCAUGUUCAGUUACAUAAUUGUAGGUCUGUGGUAACCAGCAGGUGUCACUAUAACCCUGGUUAUUGUAUCAGAUAUUGCCAGAUAAGUUUGAGUCUUUUCAUAUCAAAUUUUAUUGGUCACAUAUACAUAUUUAGUAGAUGUCAUUACUGGUGUAGCAAAAUGUAACCCAUCAUUAAAAGAAUCAUUGCUAUUUAUGAAAAA